AUGCCAGUCUCCUUUUUCUUUCCCCUUUCUUGCUUUCUUUUGUCCUCUGGCCUUUAUCACUUUUGGGCGAGUCUCUCGGCUCGCCCCCCUCCGCACAGCCCUCUGGUUGAGCUCACAGUGUGGGCCAUGGCCAGAGCUCUGUUGCGAGUCGGUGCCUCCCUUGGACAGGUCGCCACACCGUCAGGAUCUGGGCCCUCGAGACAGACGUCCGUCCACUCUAUGGAUGGCUUCGGGCGCAAGUUCACUUGCGAUGGCACUGCGUAUCAAGGAGGAAUUCCGUUUCAAGCUAGGGAGUGCAUGCCCCCAUCUGUUAGCCCAGUAUAA